AUGGACAAUUCCACAAUUAAAAUUUUGGUUGAAAUGCAGAAGACUGAACCAACAGGGACUGAAGAAAGAUCUUGUCGAAAAGUAAGUUUCGCAGCACCUGCAUUAUAUAAACACUGUUAUCUAACCUUCCACGCUAGUCAACAAAAUUUCGUUUUCGCUAAAAUCUUUUCUUUCUGCUUUUAAUUUGAGAUUUCUUUCUUUUCUGGGGCAGGGUUAAGGCAUUCAACGCGAUUCCUUACUACAGAGAGAAAGUUUUUGACCCUGAUCCUGAGAAGAGCUACACGAAAGCAAAGGCUGAAAAGCUUAAGACGCUCAAUAUCGAAACAGUCCAGACUGAGCUGAUCGACCAACAAGCAAGCUCGUGUAGUUCGAUUUUAGACACUUUCCCACCGGAUGAAAACACUCAAUUUUCAGAGGACUUUUCUGUUUUGCCCCCAUUUGUGCCUAUGGAUGCCUUUGAGCAGGUAAAAAAUUCUGGUAAAUCCAUGAAAAAAUUUACCAAUGCAGCAGUUGUUAUAAACUCAAAUGACAAAGGCCUCCGUAUGGUCAAUUUUGUGCACGAUUUACAGGUGUAUAAUAACACAGAAAAUAACAUCAUAUACGUCCGUGCCUGCUGUUGGGCUUCCUAUAAGAGGAAUGUUAAAUACAAGGUGAAAAUGGUUUGUAAACAAAGUGGGACCCCAAAGAUUCUAGCAGCAAAGUGUGAUAGGCAGUGUCCGGCUUCCAACAGUGGGUGUUGUUGUCAUGUAAUGGCGCUCAUAUGGAAACUUGAGGACAUGACGAGAAAGUCAGAGCUAAAAAAUAUCACUCCUGACAACAGAUGCUGCACAUCAAAACCGAGGGAAUGGGGAAAAGGGGGUAGACGAGAAGUAGAGUUCUCUCCAGUGAUGGCUUUAAAAAUAACAAAACCAAGACAUGCGUCUGACCUACCUGGUAGGAGGAAAAGGAGUAUUGACUCUCAGUUUUACGAUCCCAGACCAUUGAAAUCACAGAAGCUUGAUGCUGAUGGAAUUGUAAAGCUGAGGCAAGAUCUUCAGAAAAUAAAUGCUCGUAUACCCUUUGCUGCUAUGUUACCAGAGGAAAAGACAAUUCAAACAGUGAUGACUAUAGUUGGCACUGUUGCUAAAGGUUCAACAAUUCAUAAGCAACUUCAAGAUUAUUCCCGGCAGCCUCCAAAUUUGGUAGUACCGUAUUUUAGUAGUUCCUCCCUUGUUGGUAAAGAAAAUGUGAAUCCUGUCUCAAAUGGGCAAGCACUGAAUUCAAAUUCAAGUUUGAAUCAUGAAAUCUCUGCUCCACCUUCCACUGUGCAGUUUGAAUCAGAAACGGGACCCCUUAGCACUCCUUCUAAUGAUUAUGAUGAGCUACAGCUUCAGCAGAUAUCAGAUUGUAAUGUUAAUAACCAACAGCAAGAACAGAAUAUUUCAAGUUUUAUUGAAAGUACAAUUGAUCCAUCUGAAGCACAACUGCCAACAGUCAAAACAGAAACAUUAUUUAUUGAAACUCUUACAGACAAACAAAAGCAAAUUGAAAUGGCAACAAGAGGACAAUCAACGAAUCCUGCUUGGUUUGAACAAAAGCAAAACAGAAUAACUGCCAGUAUCUGUAAAGAUGUCUUUUCUCAUAUGCAAAAACAGGUGUCAAAAUUACCAGAAAAUCUAGUAAAAAAAAUUACAGCAAAAGGAGCACCCCAAAAAUUGGUCAGCUAUUCACAAGCUAAACAUCUUAAUUAUAAAAGUAAAGGAUUGAUCUUUGGUAUUGAAAAUGAGCCUGUGGCAGCUGAUUUGUACAAAGAAUAUCUCUUGUCAUUGCCAGACAUCAAGGAAGUGACAGUUCAAGAGACUGGAUUAAUUUUAGACAAAGAAAAUGAUGUUCUUGCAGCAAGCCCUGACAGAAUUGCAACAAUAGUGUAUGCCAAUGGUGACAUUGAAUACAGAAAUGUGGAAAUAAAAUGUUUAGAGUCCAAGCAGGAUAUGUCACCAGAGACUGCAAUAAAUAAUCAUCAAAAGGAAAGUAGCUUCCCAUUUAUGGAACUGAACUCUGUCUUUGUCGUAAAAGAAAAGCACAAAUAUUGGUUUCAGACUCAGAUGCAAAUGGGGGUCAGUGGAAUUCCAUUAACUGACUUUGUCAUAUUUACCAACAACACAUUUCCAGUUUUGGUUCUCAAGGUCACAUCAUCCUCAAGGUGGGAGGAUGAAAUUAAGCCUAGUUUAAUUGCUUUUCACAAGAAAUAUAUCUCAAAAUAA